AUGAUAUUUAAAAAUUUUGUUUUGCAGGAAUUUGUAUGGGUGAUAUUUUCUUGGGUGAUAUUUGUUUUGAAUUUGUUAUAUUAUUUGGAUAUUUUGUAUUGUUUUUUGGAUGUUUUGGUUAACAAUUUGUUUGGGUUCAAGUUAAUUGUAAUUCUAAUUUAUUUGGAUGUUUUGGAAAAGAAGUUGAGAAGUUUAUGGAUAAAUGUAUUUAGUUUAGAUUAUGGAUAAUAUCUAAAAAAUUUUUAAGGAUGAACAGUGAUUUAUUUUGAAUAUAUUUUGGAUGUUGAAUUAUUUUUUGUAUAGUAUUUAUGUUGUUUAAAUGGUUGAUUCUAAGUUUGUUGGAUGUUCUGGAUUUUAAGUUCAUUGGUUGUUUUGGAUUAUUAGUUUUUGGGUUUUUUGAAGAAAAUUGAGAAUUGUCUGGAUAAAUGUUGAGAAUUCUUUGGCUAAAU